AUGGACUUGAUGUUGCCUGAUUAUGAGUUUUUUGGGGAGUGGGUGAUAGAGGUAUAUCCAGAUUGUGAUGAUGAUUUCUAUUCAGAACUGCCGGUACCAAGAGAUUUCACAGCGUCGGUUCUGAAUUGCAAAACUAUCCAUCUGGCCUGGAAGACACCGAAUAUCUCGGAGCCGUGGGCACAGCAGUAUCUGCUCACCGUCUUCAAUCAGACCUUCACCAAGAGUUAUAAGCUGCAGACGACAGAGGAAACAAUAACCAGCCUGCAGCCCUCUUCCAUUUACAAUUUCACUCUCCAGGCUCUUGAGAAAAGUGGCAAACCUUUCCCCGCUAAAGCAAUCAUUACCGCUCAAAUACCAGCCUGUGACGUGCCUGUGCCAAGGGACUUGAAGGCUUCGAUUGUGAAUACCUCAACCAUUCGCGUCACUUGGUUGCCUCCAAAGGAUACAAGUCAAUGCCGAAACCAGUACGAGGUCAUCGUCCGCAAUGCAACUUAUCAGGACAAGGUUACGGUGACGAAGCCGGAAUUCAUACUACCCAACAUUAAUCCCAUUUCAGUUUACAAUUUCACCGUCCAUGCUACUGAUACGAAUGGCACUCCUCUCCCCGCUUCAGCCUCCAUUACCGUUAAAAUGACAGUCAGUGACAUGCCGGUGCCAAGAAACCUGACUGCGUCGGUUGUGGAUUCCAAAAACAUCCGUGUGACCUGGUUGCCUCCAGUUGAUACAAGUAAGUGUGGGGACCAGUACCUGGUCAUCGUCUGCAAUGCAACCUAUCGCGCUCAGGUUACGGUAACGAAGACAGAAUACCUACUGACAAACCCGAAUCCAUCCUCCGUUUACACUAUCACUGUACACACUACUGACAAGAAGGACAUGCCUUUCUCUGCUUCCGCAUCCAUUUCCGUGCAAAUCCGGGCAACCAGUGUAAUGUCACCUAACAGGUAG